AUGGGCGUGACGGUUGAUAUACUCAAAGACGGGGAUGGUGUCACGUACCCGAAGAAGGGCCAAACCGUUAGGGUACACUACACGGGAACGCUUACUAGUGGCAAGAAGUUUGACAGCUCUCGCGAUCGCAACAAGCCUUUCGAGUUCAAAAUCGGCUGUGGCCAGGUAAUUACUCGACUGUUCCCCUUAAUCAUUUCUCAGGUCAUCAAAGGGUGGGAUGAAGGUGUCAUGAGGAUGAGUGUGGGCGAAAGGUCGAGGCUCACAUGUUCUCCGGAUUACGCAUAUGGGUCUCAGAAUGUCGGUAAUGGACUUAUCCCGCCGAAUUCCACGUUAAUUUUUGAUGUUGAGCUUCUCAGUAUUCACUGA